AUGUUUGGUCUCCAGAACUGGGCUCUGGCCCUCACUGCCGCGCUGAGCGUGGUUCAGCAGACCGUGGCUCGCCCUACAGAAGUCCACCCAGGAUCUGCUAAAGACAUUGUUCUGAACUCUCACGACACCCUUAACGGAACCACCGGCGGUGUUUUCAACACACCCAAUGCCGGAAACAGCACUGGAGGUUUCAAAAUCACCGUCACAAACAACAUUGCUAGCGGCCUGAAGUGCUAUGUUACCGGUCAGGACCCAAACAAGAACAAGGCCCCUGCAAUGCUGCAAAACGAUGGCACAUGGUACUACCCUACCUCGAGCGGAGAAGUUGGUACCCCUCAGCCGAUUACCGCCGACGUUGGCAUUCCCAUGAAUGACAAGGGUCAAACCACUGAUAUCCAAAUUCCCGGCUACCUCAUCUCUGCCCGUGUCUGGUUCGCAGUUGGUGACCUGCAGUUCUUCGCCAUCGCCAAUGCCGACGGCACUUACUCGGUCGCCCAGCCGUCCGAGAGCAACACUGCUGACCCCAGCGCUGGCGUCAGCUGGGGAUUCAUUGAGUUUGAUUACGAGGAGGAGAGCGGCCUGUAUGCCAACAUUAGUUACGUUGACUUUGUUGGUCUACCCCUUGGCAUGUCUCUUACCAACUCUACUGGAGCUGUUCAGACCGCUCUGGGUCUGCCCUCAACCGCUGUCACUAGCAUCUGUGGUGAUCUCAAGACCCAGGCGGGUAAGGAUGGAAAGCCGUGGGAUAAGCUAUGCCAGUCAAUCAACGGCACUACGCUGCGUGUCCUCUCUCCUUACACAUACAUGAUGGUCCCGGGCAACACCGGUUUCGAUGACUACUUUUCCGACUACGUCGACAAGGUCUGGGAGCAGUAUUCCAGCACUGGCCUCACCAUUCUUCCCCAGAACGGCAACCCUAACGCUACCUGCACCGUGUCUGGCGAAACCCUUGACUGCCCUGGCGACAACAAGAACUACACCAAGCCCAGCUCCGCCGACAUCUUCGGCUGCAACACUGGCCCCUUGACUGUUGACAACGACGUCGACACCGCCAUCCACAAGGCUGCCGUGCCUCGUCUCUGCGCUGCUUUCCACCGUGCUACUUUCUUGUUGGAUGGUGGCGACGUCCAGCCCAGCCUCGGCGCCAAAUCUUACUACACUGCCGACGUGGGUAACUUCUACUCGCAGAUCAUCCACAAGUACGAAGUUGAUGGCAAGGGCUACGCUUUCUCCUACGACGACGUCAACCCAGAGGGCAACGAGAAUGCCUCGGGCAGUGUUAGUUCGAAGUCUCCCACUUUGAUGACUGUCACCGUUGGCGGACCUACUGAGUAG